AACCAUAGCAAUAGUAGGUAAAUAAAGAACAUACCAUUGAUUAACAUCUCAUUAUGCAUUCACAUUUGGAUCCCUAACCAUAACCAUAACCAUAAUCAUAACCAUAACUAGUUUCUCUCUCUCUCUCUCUCUCUGUUUUUUAUUCUCUUUUCCCAAAGCACUCUUACUUCUCUUCCAUUACAAUUUACAAAGCCUUAUUACCGUUACCCAAUCCCAACGGCUUUCGAAACAUGUAAACCAACCAACGCACGAAGAAUGCAAGACACGCUGCGCACUCUCUCCGACGACAAGGACGCUCCGCCGCCGCCCUGCCGCCGCCCCCCGCGCCGCGUGUCUCCGGGCGCGGUGGAGCGCUCCCUCCCCAACGGCGACCUCUACUGCGGCACCCUCUGCGCCAACGCCCCGCACGGCGCCGGCAAGUACCUCUGGUCCGACGGCUGCAUGUACGAGGGGGAGUGGCGCCGCGGCAAGGCCUCCGGCAAGGGCCGCUUCUCCUGGCCCUCCGGCGCCACCUACGAGGGCGACUUCGCCGCCGGCAAGAUGCACGGCCACGGCACCUUCGUCGGCGCCAACGGCGACACCUACCACGGCGCCUGGCUCUCCGACCGGAAGGAGGGCUUCGGCCAGAAGCGCUACGCGAACGGCGACGUUUACGAAGGUUGGUGGAAGUGCAAUUUGCAAGAGGGGGAAGGAAGGUACACGUGGAGGAACGGUAAUGAGUAUUUUGGUGAGUGGAGGAAUGGUUGUAUAUCUGGUAAGGGCGUGCUGGUGUGGAGGAACGGGAACCGUUACCAAGGGUUUUGGGAGAACGGGGUUCCCAAGGGCAAGGGAACGUUCACGUGGCGCGAUGGGAGCGUUUCCAAUGGGAAUUGGGGGAAGGAGUUUGUCAUCGAGAAAAGAGUGUCGGUGGAUGAUGCUUCUAACAAGAGUGUCACUGUGAGUUUUCCCAGGAUUUGUAUUUGGGAGCUUGAUGGUGAGGCUGGGGAUAUUACUUGCGACAUUGUUGAAGCUUCUGUGUUUUGCGGUGGCGGAGGGUGUGAGAGUGAGACUGAUGAUGUGCGCUUCAACAAGAGUCCUUGUGGCUCUGUUGAUGGGGAUGCUAAGAAGAAGCCUGGUCAUGCUGUUUCCAAGGGGCAUAAGAAUUAUGAUUUGAUGCUUAAUCUUCAACUGGGUAUUAGGUACACUGUUGGGAAGCAUGCUUCGGUUUUGACAGAGCUUAGGCCUGGGGAUUUCGAUCCCAAGGAGAAAUUCUGGACGAGAUUCCCACCGGAGGGUUCUAAGUUUACACCGCCACAUCAGUCAGUGGACUUCAGGUGGAAAGAUUACUGUCCCAUGGUGUUCAGACAUCUAAGGGAAUUGUUUGGGAUAGAUCCUGCGGAUUACAUGCUUGCUAUUUGCGGCGAUGACACACUGAGGGAGAUGUCUUCUCCGGGUAAAAGUGGAAGCUUCUUUUACCUCACUCAAGAUGACCGGUUCAUUAUCAAGACCUUGAAGAAGUCUGAGGUCAAGGUGCUCAUCAGGAUGCUUCCAAGUUACUAUCAACAUGUUUGUCAGUACAAGAAUUCCCUGGUGACGAAAUUUCUGGGAGUUCAUUGUGUCAAACCUAUUGGAGGUCAGAAGACUCGAUUUAUUGUGAUGGGCAAUGUGUUUUGUUCGGAGUAUCGGAUCCAUAAGCGGUUUGACCUCAAAGGUUCUUCUCAUGGUCGCACAACUGAUAAACCCCGGGAGCAGAUUGACGAGACUACCACUCUUAAAGACCUUGAUCUUUGUUUUGUCUUCCGCCUGGAACAGUCUUGGUUUCAGGAGCUUAAAUGGCAACUUGAUAGAGACUGUGAAUUCCUGGAAGCAGAGGGAAUAAUGGAUUACAGUUUUUUGAUUGGCCUUCAUUUUCGUGAUGAUAGCUCAGUUGAUGACGGAAAGAGUUCACCAAACGAGUUGUGUUCAGGCAAGAGAGACUUGCAAAAUGAUGACAUACAGGAUAUGAAGUGGAUACCACCCAUUGGUCGGGGACCUCUAAUUCGACUGGGAGCAAACAUGCCUGGCAGAGCUGAGAGAAUGUGUAAAGCUGGAUUGGAUCAGCACACUGGUACUGGAAGUAGCAAUUCUACCCCUUCAGAGAGUGGUGGGGAGGUCUCUGAUGUAAUCCUCUACUUUGGUAUAAUUGACAUUCUCCAAGAUUACGAUAUUAGUAAAAAGCUAGAGCAUGCAUACAAGUCACUGCAAGUGGAUCCCUCCUCCAUCUCAGCCGUUGAUCCCAAGCUAUAUUCCAAAAGGUUUAGGGAUUUCAUACACAGAAUCUUUGUGGAGGACAAAUGAUAGAUAUAAUAAUACUUGGAGAGAGACAAUUGGAAUUGAAACGGGACCAACUUUGGCUUGGUGACACCUUGACAUCAGGAUAUGUCAGUGAAUGCUGCUGCAAACGUUGGUGAUAUAAAGUUUGAACAAAGAUGUUGGUUUUAAAAUUAAAUACAAGUCUCGGAAAGGAGGCUUUGGUUGAUGGCUAAAUUUUUCUCAUAGCCAUUGCAAAUGGAAUGAACGGUGAAAACUGGUGGAUGAUCUGGACAAACACGGCAGGGGAUGCUUUUUUAUUUUAUAUUGAGGGAAGAGAGAUUGUGACAAUAGUUGUACAUCUAAUGCGUCGUAGGGCAUGUGAUGAGAUAUUAUUUUUUGAUGACUUUUGUUGUGGUUGUGGUGUUGGAGAGAAGGGUAUAGGGAAUAGAAAAAUGGGUAUGUAUGCAUAUGGAGGGAUUCAUAUUUGACCAGGGUGGGGGGGUGAAAUAACUGUACAGAGACAGUCAAAGAUGGAUAAUGGAAUUGAAUUGAAUGAACAUACAUUUUUGGUUGGCGAGAUCAAAAAGAGAUGGUUUGCCUGUUGAGCAAGAAAGAAAAGUUCCACAGAGGACCCCUCUGUCUCAGUCUCUCUCUCCAUUCAAAUGGGUGUUUUCACUUUUGCAGUGAAUAAGGCAUAAAAAGAAGAGAAAAGCACAAGAAAGAAAGAGUUGGGUGUUUCCUUGGUUCAUGUUCUUUCUUUGUCACUCUAUAAACGAAGUUUGAAAAAGCAGAAUAACAAUAAUACAAGGGUGUGUCCUUUUUGCUUCUUUUGAACAAUACCAAGAAGCAAACAACUCGACAAAGCAAUAAGUUUGGGCACGUAAUGUGAAUCUGUUUGGUAUUUGAGAGUGAUGGCUAUCCAUGCAUGUUGUGCCCCGGUAUUUCAAUAGUAAGAGAAAAAUAAUGAAACUUGACCCUGUACGUUGCUACGCCUUUGCA